AUGUAUAAAAUGGAAUAUUCUUACCUUAACUCCUCUGCCUAUGAGUCCUGUAUGGCUGGCAUGGACACCUCCAGCCUGGCAUCUGCCUAUGCAGACUUCAGUUCCUGCAGCCAAGCCAGUGGCUUCCAGUACAACCCUAUCAGGACCACUUUUGGGGCCACCUCAGGCUGUCCAUCCCUCACCCCAGGAUCUUGCAGCCUUGGAAGUCUCAGGGAUCACCAGAGCAGCCCUUAUGCAGCAGUUCCUUACAAGCUGUUCACCGACCAUGGUGGUCUAAAUGAGAAGAGGAAGCAGAGGAGGAUCAGGACCACUUUCACCAGUGCUCAGCUGAAGGAGCUGGAGAGGGUGUUUGCUGAAACCCAUUAUCCAGACAUUUACACCAGAGAAGAGCUGGCUCUGAAGAUAGACCUCACUGAAGCCAGAGUACAGGUCUGGUUCCAAAAUCGUCGGGCGAAGUUUAGGAAGCAGGAAAGAGCCGCAGCCGCCGCAGCAGCCGCAGCCAAAAACGGUUCCUCUGGGAAAAAAUCCGACUCCUCAAGAGAUGAUGAGAGUAAAGAGGCCAAGAUCACCGACCCUGAUAGCACUGGGGGUCCUGUGAACAACCCCAACCCAACACAAAGCUGCAUUGGUGGCCCUAGCCCUACAGGAUCGCAGGGAUCUGGUGGCCCAGCAGAGCAAAUCAAAGGUGGAGUGCAAGUAUCUGGAGGCCUGUCUUCUGCGGCAGUGGUAGGGGGCACAGGAGGGGCACAAGGCUGGGCCACCGGUCCAGGUGGCACCAUUACCUCCAUCCCUGACUCCUUAGGAGGUCCAUUCGCCAGUGUAUUAUCCUCGCUGCAGAGACCCAACAGUACCAAAGCCACUCUAGUUAAGAGCAUGUUCUGA